AACGCAUGGGAGUUCUGGUCAAAAGCCGACCCGACGCACGGCCAAGUUCAGUUUGUCGAUCAAAGCACGGCCAAGUCCCAGAAUCUGAUCGGCAAUGACCAGAGCGGGGCAGCCUUUAUGAGGGUGUCCGACAAGGACUUGAGCGGUGGAGGAAAGCGGGAGAGUGUCCGUUUCCAGAGCAAGACGGCGUACGACACUGGACUUAUCAUCUUCGACGUCGUCAAGAUGCCUGUCGGAUGCUCAACCUGGCCGGCACUCUGGACGACCAAGGGAAGCACCUGGCCGACGAAUGGCGAGAUCGACGUCCUCGAGGGCGUCGGGUACACGAGCGGAGGAACUAAUCAGAAUUUGAUGACGGUACAUCUCAACCAGGACUCGCCUCUCGAUCAGUCCAAGAUCAAGACGUCUUUGGGAAAAGUCCAGUCCAAUGCUCUCAAUUGCAACCAGCACGGGGGUGGCAACACGGGGUGCGCCUACAGGGAUUCAAACAAGAACGGCCCGUCGUGGGGCCAAGACUUCAAUCAGGCAGGUGGCGGUAUCUGGGCCAUGCAGUUCGGAAACGGAAACGGCGUCAAGAUCUGGUUCUGGGGCCGUCAGUCGGGAAAGAUUCCUGCAGAGCUCCAGAACGCUUCCAAGUCGCCUCAGCAGCUCGACCCAUCCAAGUGGCCGAGCCCGAUGGCAGACUUCCAGGCGACUGCGGUGGAUCAGAUGGUCGAAGGACAGAACAUCAUCAUGGACAUCACCCUCGGAGGCGACUGGGCUGGCAGC